AUGUUGAAAAGCGGUCUGUCGAAAAUGGUCAACAACAUCAAGGUCGGCUUUGUGCCCGAGCACUUUUCCACUCCCCUUUUCUUCGCCCAGACCCACGGGUACUACGCCCAGAACGGCAUUUCGGUGGAUCUCAAGCCCUUCCCGUCGGGGUCCGGUCAUAUGAUCCAGUCGCUUGAGUCUGGCGAAAUCGACUAUGCAAUCGGCCUCACCGAGGCUUUUGUUGCGGGAAUCGGUAAGGGCAUGACCCACUACAAGGUUGUAGGUACCUACGUCGACACUCCUCUGUGCUGGGCCAUUUCCAGCGGAUCUGAUCGAGCGGACAUCACCUCGGAAGACCAGCUGGAGGGCAAGACUCUGGGUAUCAGCCGAAUUGGAUCCGGAUCCUACGUCAUGCCCUUCGUGCUGGCCCACAACAAAGGCUGGAACAAGGAGUUCAACUGGGAGAUUCUCACCAACUUCAAGAACCUGCGAGACUCCGUCAACCACACCGGCGAGGUCAACAAAAGCGACGCCUUCAUGUGGGAGGUCUUUACCCAGAAGAAGUACUACGACUCUGGCGAAAUCAAGAAGAUUGGCCAAAUCUACACCCCCUGGCCCUCUUGGGUGAUUGUCGAAAAGACUGGUCUGCCCAAGAGCGAGGAGACCACCCCUGCUCUACUCAAGUCAAUCAACCAGGGUAUCGACUACUUCAACAAACACCAGGAAGAGGCUGUUGAACACAUCUACACCACUCUCGACUACUCCAAGGAGGAUGCUACCGCGUGGUUGGACACUGUCAAGUUUGCCGACGAUGUCGCCAAGAUUGAUAUGAAGAAGGUGAUUACUAACACUGUCGAUAUGCUUAAGGAGGCCAAGAUGCUCGACAAGGAGGCUGAUGAUAAGGUCUAUGUGAAGGAGUAUGACAUUUAA